CAGAGUCGAAACGGCCCUAUCGUGCCUCGCCCAAUUCAAAGCCCUCUCUUCUGGGCCCGUGCCGAGAUCCCCUUCUCCUCCUUUCCUUGUGAUCCUCAAUCAAACCUGGCGCGUCCCUUUAUAAACCCUCAACUCCUUCCCGUCCCCACAGCCCGCCCACUCCCCAGACUCUCCACUUCCCAAGCUUCAUCGCCAGCGUUUCCGUUCCCUGCCGCUCGUGCCUUGCCACUCUAGCCGCUGUCACCAUGGCCAAGACCUUCACAAAGAGCGACGUUGCGUCGCACAACAAGGGCGACGACCUCUACAUCAUCGUCGACGACGAUGUCUACGACCUCACAAAGUUCCAGGACGAGCACCCUGGUGGCAAGAAGAUCCUCACCCGCGUCGCCGGCAAGGACGCCUCAAAGCAGUUCUGGAAGUACCACAACCAGGGCAUCCUCAACAAGUACAAGGCCUCGCUCCAGGUCGGCUCCCUCGACUCCAAGCCCAAGGAUGCCGCACCCGCUGCUGCUGCUGCUGCAGAGGCCAAACCAUCGCCCGUCUAUGCCGCGCCUGAGCCGGCCAAGAAGAUUGAGGUGUCGCAUGACAAGUCCGAGGCCUUGAACCCAUUUGGCGAUCUCAUUCCCUAUGCCGACCCCAGCUGGUACCAGAGCUACCACUCGCCUUAUUUCAACGAGACUCACGCUGCGCUGCGUGCCGAGGUCCGCGAGUGGGUCGAAACCGCCAUCGAGCCCAACGUCACCGAGUGGGAUGAGAAGAAGGAGGUGCCCAAGGAGAUCUUCCUCGAGGCCGGUCGCCGUGGCUACCUUGCUGGCCUGCUUGGUGUCAAAUACCCCGUCCAGUACACCAAUGGCAACAAUGUCAAGUCCGUGCACCCCGACAACUGGGAUUUGUUCCACGAGAUGAUCAUCACGGACGAGCUCUCACGUGUCGGCUCUGGUGGUUUCGUCUGGAACAUGAUUGGCGGCUUCGGCAUCGGGUGCCCGCCUGCCAUCAAGUUCGCCAAGAAGUCCGUCAAGGACCGCAUCAUGCCCGGUCUCCUGUCUGGCGAGAAGCGCAUCUGCCUGGCCAUCACCGAGCCUGAUGCCGGCAGUGAUGUCGCCAACCUCACCUGCGAGGCCAAGCUCAGCGAGGACGGAAAGCACUACAUUGUGAAUGGCGAGAAGAAGUGGAUCACCAACGGUAUCUGGUGUGACUACUUCACCACAGCUGUCCGGACAGGCGGCGAAGGCAUGGGCGGUGUUUCGCUGCUGCUGAUUGAGCGCAGCUUCGGCGGUGUCAGCACCCGUCGCAUGGACUGCCAGGGUGUGUGGUCCAGCGGAACCACCUACAUCACUUUUGAGGAUGUCAAGGUGCCUGUUGAGAACGUCAUUGGCAAGGUCAACCAAGGAUUCAAGGUCAUCAUGACCAACUUCAACCACGAGCGGAUCGGCAUCAUCAUCCAGAGUCUGCGCUUCUCGCGUGUCUGUUAUGAGGAGUCGGUCAAGUAUGCCAACAAGAGACAGACCUUUGGCCAAAAGCUUAUCAACCACCCGGUCAUCCGGAUGAAGCUGGCCCACAUGGCGCGCCAGAUUGAGGCGUCGUACAACUGGCUCGAGAACCUCAUCUACCAGUGUGAGAAGAUGGGCGAGAAGGAGGCCAUGCUCAGACUGGGCGGUGCCAUUGCCGGCCUGAAGGCGCAGAGCACGCUGACGUUUGAAUUCUGCGCGCGUGAGGCGUCACAGAUCUUUGGUGGUCUCAGCUACUCUCGUGGCGGCCAGGGCGCCAAGGUCGAGCGGCUGUACCGCGAUGUCCGCGCGUACGCCAUCCCCGGUGGUUCUGAGGAGAUCAUGCUGGACCUGAGCAUGCGGCAAGGCCUCAAGGUCGGACAGGCGACCGGGAUGAAGCUGUAAGGAUGGGAACUGUAAUCCCUUUCAACCUUUGCAACAGGACAGGCGGGCCACUGAUCGACGGUGGCUGGCUGACUCUUGCGAGGCAUCUGAGACCUUAUUCUGUUUGUUCCACCUUGUUUCGGGCAUAUUGGCGUUAGAGGCAUUGGGCUUGGCUAGCUUAGCUAUUGAACAAUACAUUGUAUUGAAAACGA